AUGGCGCUUCUUAUCCAAUGGUGGUUCAAUCUCACUAAACUAGAGAAGUUGGAUUUUGCAUUUAACAGUCCGACAGGAAAACUGCCUAAUUCUUUGGGGUAUCUUAAAAGCUUGUGGGGUAACUCACUUGAGGGUUCAAUCCCAAACUCGAUUGGAAAUUUAACAUCUUUGGAGGAGUUUAACCUUAGAAGGAAUCAAAUGAGUGGGAUCAUCCCAGAAAGUCUUGGGGAGCUCUCAUCGCUGGUUUCACUUGAUAUCUUUUACAACGCAUGGAGGCCUGAGAGAAGUAUCAAUUGGAAACUUGGAGGCCCCAAAUAUUUCCUCGGUUUUCAACCAAAGUUACAGGAUGACAACAGAGCACUUGAUCGGCUUACUAAAUCCAAGGAGGCUGCUCUAGUUGAGGCCGAGAGAACUGUUCAGAUUGCCAUAGUAAAAGCAUCCUUGGUUGACGAUCUGCAAAACAAAAAUCAAGAGCUGAUGAAACAGAUUCAAAUAUGCCAGGAGGAGAACAAAAUUCUUGACAAAACGCACCGGCAAAAGGUAGCUGAGGUUGAGAAGCUAACACAAACCGUUCACGAGCUUGAGGAGGCUGUUUUAGCCGGUGGAGCUGCUGCCAAUGCUGUGCGUGAUUACCAGCGUAAAGUGCAGGAGAUGAAUGAGGAGAAGAAACUGUUGGAACGGGAGGUGGCUCGUGCAAAGGUCUCUGCAAAUAGGGUUGCCACUGUUGUUGCAAAUGAGUGGGAAGAUUCCAGUGACAAAGUGAUGCCCGUAAAACAAUGGCUUGAAGAAAGGAGAUUUUUUCAGGGAGAAAUGCAACAACUUCGAGACAAAUUGGCAGUAGCUGAGCGUACUGCAAAGGCAGAAGCACAAUUAUAGGUAUGCUAACUGUUUUGAAUUUAGUCUGCUCUGACAUGUAAGGAAAAAUACCAACUAAGAUUCAAGGUUUUGGAGGAAAAGUUUAAAGCAUCGAAUGGAAAAUUCCGCCCAUCCUCAGAUGCAAGAAUCAUCAGCAAUGGGCCUUCAAGGCGUCAGUCUCUUGGUGGAGCUGAGAACUUCUCUAGAGCGUCCUCUAAUGGCUAUCUAUCUAGGACAAAAUUGAAUUUACAAUCUGGUUUCAACCGUUCCAACACUGCUACUACAAUAUUGAAACAAGCCAAGAGUUCAUCUAGAUCGUUUGAUGGUGGUAGUAGAUUGCUAGACAGAGAUAAGCUAGUACCAGAUGCAGCUGGGAAAGAUAACACAAACAGUGCCAGUGAUCAGACUCAGAUGGAUGAGACAGUUGGUAGACAUGAGGAGAGGGCCAAUGGAUCUUUGGCUGAACAAUCCGGGACAGAGCAUGAAGAUUAUGUUUCUGGAGUGCUGUAUGAUAUGUUACAGAAAGAGGUCGUAUCUUUGAGGAAAGCUUGCCAUGAGAAAGAUCAAACCCUCAAGGACAAGGAUGAUGCAAUUGAGAUGUUGGCAAAGAAGGUGGAUACACUUAACAAAGCAAUGGAGGUUGAGGCCAAAAAGAUGCGGAGAGAAGUAGCUGCCAUGGAAAAAGAAGUCUCUGCUAUGCGUGUCACCAAGGAGCCUGAUCAGAGGGCACGGCGCUCAAGUGCUCCCCGAGGGGUUGUAAAUAGCUCUCAUACACUUUCUUCUAGGAAUGCACACAAGUCUAGGUGAUUGACACGGCCGUGACACAAUUGUUAGCAUUUGCAGACUAUGAUCUGCCAUGUUUUUGGAUUAUAGGUGAAUGGAGCUCUAGUAAAAUGUAGAGAGAAAACUUGGAGAAGAAGAAGAUGAAAAUAUCAGAUUGUAUUCUCACUCUUAGUCAUGCACAAUCUGUGCAUACCAAUAUAACAGUAAAAGAAAAGAAUAUUCUCUCU